AUGAACAUUUAUGCAAUCAUUUGUAUAUGUCUAGUACUGUUUAAAUUAUUGAAAUCUGAAUAUGUUUGUCCUAUUGUUGAAAAUGAGAAACUGAGUGAUAGUAUCUAUUCACAAAAUAUUGUUAAACGGUCAUCGAAUCGUCUUAAUUUGAAAAUCACACCAGUUUAUGAUAGAAAAGUUGUAACGAGUAAAGCGUUUUCAAAAAUCAAAAGAGCAGUUGAGGGUGCUGUCAAAUUCUGGGAGAAAGCUCUAAUUGUUGAGGUGAAAAAACCUGAGAAUGUAGUUAUUCAGAGAACAUGUGAAUUAGGUUCAAUGGUUACCAGUUCAACUGAAAACAAACCACACUGUAGAAGAGACACUUGUAAAAAAAGUGAAACAUGUUUUGAUAUGGAAAUUCCUAAUAAAUAUUUAUCAGCAUGUCACGCCCGAAAAUAUCGUGAGACUAAAGAGAUGUUUACUGAAGGAGAAGGAAUAGCUCCAAAUGAAUUUGUAUUACUUGUGAGUAGGAAUAAUGUGUCGUGUGGCGGUAAUGUACUUGCUUGGGCUUCAUACUGUAGUCAAGAUCCACAUACUUCGAGGCCUAAUUUAGGUAUAGUGAAUUACUGUUUAACGGAGGAUGCUAUUCUUGGAGCAAAUGAAAAAAAGCUAGAAGAUGUUACAAAACAUGAAAUAUGUCAUGCAUUGGGAUUCCUUCCGACUGUUUACAGUAACUUGCCAGAUUUAAGUCCGCAGUAUCGGAUGCCUGAUGGAAACUUAAGACCUGUACAGAACAUAACAAUGAGAUGGUUAUCAGCUAGAGGUGAAUUUCGAGUAACUAGACGAAUACUUAGACUGCCAAAUAUGCUUAGAGAAGCUAGAAGACAUUUUGGAUGCAAUCAACUUGAGGGAAUCGAAUUACAAAACAGUCACUUUAGUCAUAGAAUCGCAGGGGAUGAUUUGAUGACACCUAGCACUUCGGCUACACAGUCUGUUUCCAGAAUAAUUCUGGCUUAUUUCAAAGACACAAACUUUUAUGAUGUCGACUAUACUAUGGCCACUGAAUUCCAUUGGGGAAAAGGUUUAGGUUGUGAUUUUGUAAUGAAAAGCUGUUAUGAAUUUAUUAAAAAUAGAAAAAGAAGAGGACAAGACAUCCAGCCGUUUUGUGAUAAACCUAAUGAAAUAAAAUGUUUACGUUCUCAAAAUGCAAAAGCAUUUUGUACGCUGUAUAAACGUGAAGGUGAGAUAAAACCUGAAUUCCAGUAUAUGGAUAACUCAUUUAAUGUAUCGGUAAACGAAAGAAAAUAUUAUAGAGGUUUGGACAGAUAUGACUAUUGCCCAGUAUUUGAUAUAAUGAUAACAAGUAAUGGUAACAUAGCUGUUUGUGAAAAGAAUAAAUAUUAG